AUGUAGAAAAUAAUUUUAAGUAUUUUUUAUAUAGUCGCAGAUUAAUUGUGAAGGACCAACAACAAUAAAACAAACGAGGAAACAAACCUGUCUUUGUUCUUUUCCUAAUAAAAGAAACAUGUCUUUGUUUUAUUCUAGUUUUACUAUAGAAGGUUAUUUUCAAAUUUCAAUCAACGUUGUUCCUUUGUUGUAUUUAAGGGUAACUCUAAAUUCUCCCACUUCUCUCACCAGAUCUUCUUCUAAACAUAUUAAUAUUAGUCCAAACCCAUUUGUGAUUUUUUUGUCAUUAAUUGUUAUGUGUCUCUUUGGUAUCAAACUUGUGUCUGUGACUAUGAACAUGUUUUCAGUUUCUCACUGAAAGGUGGUGAAGUUGAAAAUUUAGUAGUAUUUUCCUAUGAAUUCUGCAUGUAAAUGAAAUUUAAAAAUCUGGAUUUUUCCUUAACAAUUAUGUGGGUCACUGUGGUUUCAUUUUCAAAGCACCAAUGGUUUGAACAAUCAGUUAUGGAGGUUAGUUUAGGAAAUGGGAUUAGUUAGGAUUUUGAUUUGGCUUAUAGUUUCAUGAUAGUUAGGUUAGGAUUCCUUAUAGCUGCUUCAGUUGCAGCCUAUACAUUCCAGCAGAAUGUGAAAGGAUCAAAAUCAGGUAAACAUGAUCAACCAAGGAUUAGGAGGAAAAAUCAAGAUGAGGUAACGAAACAGAAGCAGUCCACUUGUUCUACUAAUGGUCUCAACCAGAAUGAGAGGGAAGAAGAAGAGCUAGAAGAGGAGGUUAAGUUAAUGGGCAGCAUAAUGAAUCUAGCUAAUGAUUUUGACGAUGAAAUUCUAUCUGAAUUUGAAAGCCUUCUAUCUGAGCAGACUGACUUUCCGUUACUUUCUGAAAAGACCGACGAUUCCAAGAAACACGGAGGUAACGAAACUGAAAUGGCAAAAAAUGGUAGUGAUAGUGAAAUAGAAUGGUUGCGGAACGUAGUCGAGGAACUGGAGGAGAGGGAGAUGAAACUUCAAAGUGAAUUGCUUGAGUAUUAUAGUUUGAAGGAGCAGGUACCAGUUAUUGAGGAGUUUCAAAGGCAGUUGAGAAUCAAAUCUGUAGAAAUCGAUAUGCUUCAUAUGACGAUUAAGUCCUUGCAGGAAGAAAACAAUAAACUUCAAGAAGAGCUCAUACAUGAAGCUUCAGCCAAGAGAGAACUCGAGGUUGCCAGAAACAAGAUCAAGGAACUGCAAAGGCAGAUAAAAAUCAUUGCUAACCAGACAAAAGGCCAGUUGUUGUUGCUUAAACAAAAAGUUUCUGGUCUACAAGCAAAAGAGGAAGAGGUUGUGAAAAAAGAUGCUGAGAUUGAAAAUAACUUGAAAACUGUGAAUGAUUUUGAGAUUGAAAAGAAGUUGAAAACAGUGAAUGAUUUAGAGAUUGAAGCUGUGGGGCUUAAGAGAAGAAACAAAGAACUUCAACACGAGAAGCGAGAAUUAACUGUUAAACUUAAUGCUGCUGAGUCUAGAAUUACAGAACUCUCCAGUGUUACAGAGAAUGAAAUGAUUGCCGACGCAAAAUCCGAGACUGGCAGGUUAAGGCAUGCAAAUGAAGAUCUGCAAAAGCAAGUGGAAGGACUCCAGAUGAAUAGGUUCAGUGAAGUUGAAGAACUUGUAUACCUUCGCUGGGUUAACGCAUGCUUGAGAUACGAGCUCAGGAAUUACAAGGCACCUUCAGGAAAAUCAUUGGCGCGUGAUCUAAACAACAGUUUCAACCCAAAAUCACAAGAGAAGGCUAAACAGCUAAUGUUAGAAUAUGCGGGAUCAGAGCGCGGGCAUGGUGAUACAGAUAUUGAAAGCAACUUCUCCCAUGACCACUCUUCACCAGGCAGUGAAGAUCUUGACAAUGCAUAUAUCAAUAGCCCUACUUAUAAAUAUAGUAAUCUUAGCAAGAAAACUAGCUUAAUCCAAAAGUUGAAGAAAUGGAAUAAAAACAAUGAUUCAAGUGCUUUUUCAUCACCAGCUAGAUCUCUUUCAAUAGGUUCUCCUUGCAGGGUGAGUACUAGCUAUAGGCCGAGGAAUACACUCGAAUCCUUGAUGCUAAGGAAUGCUCAUGAUGCUGUAGCGAUCACUACCUUUGAGCAGAAGGAACACAAACCUACUCAUUCUCCUGAAACUCCAUUUCUUCCAAGCUUGAGAAAAGUUUCAUCAAGUGAUGACAUCCUGGAUUCUGUUUCGGCUUCAUUCCAAUUGAUGUCUAAGUCAGUUGACAGGUCUCUGGAUGAAAAAUAUCCUGCAUAUAAAGAUCUUCAUAAAUUGGCAUUAGCAAGGGAGAAACAACUUAAGGAAAAAGCCGAGAAAGCGAGAGGGGAGAAGUUUGGCGACAAUUCAAAUCUCAAUACGACCAAGGCUGAAGAAGAGAGGUCGACGUCUUUGGAUUCAGAACUUACUCAGGUAAAUGAGAAGGCAUGUGUUUCUGAUGGCUUAAAUAAACAAUCUGAAGAUGUUAAGGAUUUUGAUAAUCAAACCAUUACCGAGAUGAAGCUUUUCAAAAUUGAGAAAAGGCCUCCAAGGUUGCCUCGGCCACCACCUAAACCAUCUGAUGGUGCUCCUGUUUCAAAUUCUUUGAAUGAAAUACCAUAUGCUCCAUCCGUGCCUUCUCCACCUCCACCACCAGGAAGUCUACCAAGAGGAGCAGUAGGUGAUGACAAAGUUAAAAGGGCUCCUGAGCUUGUUGAAUUUUAUCAAUCAUUGAUGAAACGGGAAGCAAAGAAGGACGCCUCAUUGCUAACUUCUUCAACAAGUAAUGCAGCUGAUACCAGAAGCAACGUGAUUGCGGAAAUUGAGAAUAGAUCAUCAUUUCUCUUAGCUGUGAAAGCUGAUGUAGAAACACAAGGUGAUUUUGUCAUGUCCUUGGCAACUGAAGUUCGAGCAGCUUCGUUUUCUAAGAUUGAAGAUGUGGUGGCUUUUGUGAACUGGCUAGAUGAGGAACUCUCCUUCCUGAGUGAUGAACGAGCUGUUCUCAAGCACUUUGAUUGGCCUGAAGGGAAAUCAGAUGCACUACGGGAAGCAUCUUUUGAAUAUCAAGAUCUGAUGAAACUGGAGAAACAAGUCUCCAACUUCACCGAUGAUCCUAAACUCCCAUGCGAAGAUGCUUUGCAGAAAAUGUACUCAUUGCUUGAAAAAUUAGAGCAAAGUGUAUACGCACUCUUACGAACAAGAGAUUUUGCCAUUUCACGGUACAAGGAGUUUGGAGUACCGGUAAAUUGGCUAUUAGAUUCAGGAGUUGUAGGCAAGAUCAAGCUUUCUUCUGUUCAACUGGCAAACAAGUAUAUGAAGCGUAUUGCAUCUGAAAUUGAUACACUAUCUGGACCGGAAAAUGAACCGACAAGAGAGUUUUUAAUUCUGCAAGGCGUGCGAUUUUCUUUUCGCGUUCAUCAGUUUGCAGGAGGCUUUGAUACAGAGAGUAUGAAGGCGUUUGAAGAACUAAGAAACAACAUUCAUGUUCAAGCAGGUGAAUAUAAUAAUAAACCAGAAAUGGCGACAAAGGAUGAUCAAUAAAAAUACGAAUAUAAUUCUUUUACUUUUAAAAUUAUAGUUGUACUUGUUUCUAAUAUAAUAUUACCACCUCAACUGUAUAGUUCAAUUUUCAUAAAACAUAUACAAUGACAAAAAGCUUUAGGAAA